AUGUGUCGUCGAGUGCAGUGUUCCAAGUGCGACAAACCAACCUGGGCUGGAUGUGGGAUGCACAUCGAAACCGCCUUAGCCGGGGUUAAAGAAGAAGACAGAUGCAAAUGCGAGCGAGGCUCGGUGUUCGGGUCCUUGCUCGGUAAAUGGAAGUAG